UUGGCCCAUUUUGUGGAUGAGUGAUAAAUGGUUCUUAUCCACAAGUGUAAAAAUAAUCGGAAGCAUUUCAUCGAACACUCUCAUGGCGACGACGUUCUCGUCUGUAUCUCACCUACGCUCCGUCUUCUACGCCUCCAUUGCUCCCAAAACUCGCCCCUCACUUCCAGAUUUUAAAAAUGUGCGUUCAUGGAGUGCCUCGGCGAAUUACGUCGACGUUAAGCUUCACGCGGCGGCGAGGGCGGUUUCUGCGAAAGCGAAGAGAAUCGGAGUGAGGUGUGCAACUCUCGAGGAAAUAGAAGAGGAGAAGUCGAUGAUUGAGGAAGAUGCUAGAGAGAGGAUGGAGAAGACUAUUGAUAAUGUUAGGGCAAGUUUCAAUUCGAUUAGAACGGGAAGGGCAAAUCCAGCUAUACUGGACAAAAUUGAGGUAGAGUAUUAUGGAACACCAGUUGUUUUGAAGAGCAUAGCUCAGAUAAGUACUCCAGAUGCAAGUUCCAUACUGGUGCAGCCCUAUGACAAAUCCAGCUUGAAGUCUAUAGAGAAAGCAAUUGUCAAUUCCGACCUUGGGAUGACUCCAAACAAUGACGGAGAUGUUAUUAGGUUGUCUAUGCCACAACUCACAUCAGACAGGAGGAAGGAGUUGUCAAAGGUUGUGGCUAAGCAAGCUGAAGAAGGCAAGGUUGCCAUAAGGAAUAUCAGAAGAGAUGCCAUCAAAUCUUAUGAAAAGCUUGAGAAGGAGAAGAAGCUCUCAGAGGAUAAUGUGAAGGACCUAUCUGCUGAUUUGCAGAAAGUGACAGAUGAGUACAUGAAGAAGAUCGAGUCCAUCUUCAAACAGAAAGAGAAGGAGCUGCUGCAAGUAUGAAGGCCUCCCCCCGCAACGUGUAAAUGAGAUUCGUAGCUUGUAACGAAAUUUUGAGAAGCUCCUUUCACUUGGUUUUGGUAGCUAGAAAAUUAUGGUAUAUGCUGCCUGCUUCAAUACUAGGUGUGCACUCUUUUAUUAAGUUUGAAAAUGAGAUUUAUUUAUUUUACAUAA